AUGGCUAAAUUACAUGAUCUGUGUGAAAAAUAUUUCGGAAGUCGUAAUUUUUACGAAGUCUUAGAAAUUCCAAAGACUGCGAGCGAAAAACAGGUAAAAAAAGCUUAUCACAAAUUAUCAUUGCUGGUGCAUCCAGACCGUGUUGCUGAAAACAAAAAAGAAGAGGCAACCGAAAAAUUCCAAGUACUCGGUUUCAUACAUUCAAUAUUAAGUGACACCGACAAACGUAAAAUUUAUGAUGAAACCGGACAAUACGACGAAGAAAGUGAAGAAGUCGCGAUGCGUAAUUGGGCUGAUUAUUGGCGGACUUUGUUCAAGGAAGUCACCAUUGAAGAUAUCAACAAAUAUGAAAAAGACUACAAAGGAUCUGAAACUGAAAUAAAAGAUCUCAAACGUGCUUACACCGACAGUAAAGGUGACAUGGAUUACAUAUUAGAGGCCGUGCCAUUCACAAACUGCGAUGAAGAGCCGCGUUUGCAUUCAAUUAUCCAGAAACUUAUCGAAGAUGGCGAAGUCCCUGAGUACAAAGCAUUCACUAAUGAAAAUGAGAAGAAAAAAGCCCGACGUAAACGCAAACAAUUGCUUGAUUAA